GCGCGCGCGUGUGUGUUUACGUGUGUGCGCGUCCGACGGAGACUCGCAGGGGAGUGGAGAGCCGGAGUAAUUCCAGGUCUCUUUAAAACAACUUCUCCGCACGGAAUCCGGAGUUUGGCGCUGGAGUCCCCGGACUGCUUCUGCUUUUCUACCCCGAGACUCUGCAAGCGGGAUUGUUGCUUUCGACCACAGCGACAGAAACCCACCGGGACUUCGGUGCUGCGGGGAUUUAAUUUGCAGCGACGGAAGGAUCGUCCGCGGCUCAAGAGGUCCACGAAGCCUCAAGUGGAAACUCUGGAAAACUUUUUGGAUUAACGUCUCCGAUGCUCGUCUGUGUUCGCGUGAAGUGAUGCGGCCCCUGCAGACGUCCAGCUAUGGUUUGUAGAUUGUGUGCGGGAUUCUCGGAGUGCUACUGGCGAGUUGAGGACUUUGUGCGAGGGCUGCCACUAGUUGCGGCUUAAUUAAGUUGGCGACGGCGGGUCGCCGCGCAGUGGCUGCGUGAAGUGCCUUCUCGUGCGGACAGUCCGGUGAUGUUUAACGCAACGCGUGAUUGAAAUCCCUUCUCUGAUGCUUCGGGAGAGCCAGAAAACGGUGACCACCGGCCGCGCAUGUGGCGCGCACCGUGCACAACCCCGCGGUCCUGCGCGUCGAGCGUAAAUCGAUGUGGCAUCUCCCGAGACCCGGACGGGACCGACAGGGCAAAACCAAAACUGUCUAGGUUGUCGUAUGUUCAAGUCGAAACGCUCAGGUCUUGUACGGCGACUCUGGAGAAGCCGUCUGGUCACCGAGAGCGACGGACGGGAUGGAGGCAGACGAGGUGAGGAAGGACGGAACGGCCCGUGUGGCAGACACUCAGGAAAGCUGCGCAGACACGAGCAGCGGUCGGUGACGCACACCGACCCGGCGCCGGGACCCACGGGGGAGGCUGGAGACCUCGCGGAGAGCGCCGAGAGGGAGGAAGAGGAGGAGGAGGAGGAGGAGCAGCAGCCGGAGGAUGACCGGGGCGCCAUGUGCACCCCGGAGCAGAGAGGCUCCCGGCGGGGACAGCAGGGCGACGCCAGGACGGUGACGUGUUGUUUGUUUGGGGAAUGGGAUCUCAGAGCCCGCAGCCCUUAUUGGGCCCCGAGUAAAGACGCAGGGGGCGCUUGCCAGUGCGCGCCGAGGCACGCGGCGCUGGAGGAGGAACUCGCGAGCACCGCUCAUGGUUUUUUGAAAAGACUCAAGGAGAGAUCUCUGGAUACCUUGGUGAAGGCUGUGGAGACCAAAGGAGGGAUACCCAGCGAGUGCGUCAUGGUGCCCAGCACCGAGCUGCGGCUCGGGGCGCAUCACAUCCCUCCUCAGUGGCUCGUGUCCAAGGUGUACCGAUGGAGCGACCUGCCGCUCUCCGCCCGGCUCAAAACGCUGGGCCAGUGUCAGAGCUUCGGCGCAGUCGACGGCGCAAAGGUGUGCUGCAAUCCUUAUCACUACAGCCGCUUAUGUGGACCAGAUUCACCUCCUCCCCCCUACUCUCUGUCCCGUGUGGAUGAACACAAGCCACUGGACUCGACUCUGUCUUACACUGAAACCGUGCCCCCCCUCCCGCCCGCUCCGCCUCACGUUACGCCAAGAGACUACACAGACACUGGUACCUCCAUCGGCUCCUCGACCUCCGGCGGGCAUCGCUCUCACUGGUGCAGCGUUGCCUACUGGGAGCAGCGCACGCGCGUGGGUCGCCUCUAUCCGGCCUACGAGCCCUCGCUCAACAUCUUCUACGACCUACCUCAGGGCACCGGCCUCUGCCUGGGCCAGCUCCACGCCAACGCCUACCACAGCCGCCGCGACGACCCGGGCAGCCACGGCGCGUCGGGUGCACACGGACACCCCGCCCACGGAAGCGGAGGGAGCGGCGGCGGCGGCGGCGGCGGCGGCGGCGGCGGCGGCGGCGUGCAACAGAUACGCAGUAAAAUCGGCCACGGCAUCGUGCUGAGCCGGGAGCCCGACGGAGCGUGGUUGUACAACCGCAGCCAGCACCCGGUGUUCGUCCACUCGCCCACCCUGGACCCCCCCAGGGCCCGGGGUCUCAGCGUGGAGAGGGUGAUGCCGGGCUUCUCCCUCAAGGUGUUUGACUACGAGCGCUCCAGCUGGAUGGCGGAGCGCGGCGUGAAGCCCGAGUGCCAGGAGGGGCCCUGGGACCCCCACAGCGUUCGCAUCAGUUUUGCUAAAGGGUGGGGGCCCUGCUACUCCAGACAGUUCAUCACCUCCUGCCCGUGCUGGCUGGAGGUGCUGCUCAACAACCACAGAUAGACUCGCAUGAGCUUUCCUCACCCGUUAUCCUAAUUGUAAUCUACCUAGAUUUAAUAUAAAAUUUAUAUAUUAUAUAAAAUAUAUUACACAUGUAAAUACUUGAGUCAUUUUUACAAUGCAAUUAUUUAUAUAUAGUGUAAUGUGUAUGUGGACAAAACAAAAAAAAAAGGAAUUUAAGAAUAUGCACUUUUGCUUCUAUAUACGCAUUACAGUUUCUCAGUGUCAUUUUGCAAAUAUAAACUGUAAAAAUAAGACAAACCUGGUUAAUGUUCUCGUGAUUAAGCGACUCCAUCGAAAAGUGUGCCAUACACACAUUGUCAAUAAAGUAUUUGUAAUAAAAGG